AUGGCACCAACUACUUUCUCAAAGCAAAGCAUUCGCUUCAGUCGCGGAGGCUACAAUGGUCCCUCCUCUUCCUCCGAAGACGAGGAUAACUACCAUCCUUCCGCGCCUGUGAAUUUCAACAAGGGAAUCAACACUCUCCACGGCGAUAACGAUGAUGAGGAAGAGGAUGGACGGGGAGGGUAUAAUAAGGGUGGCAAGAAUAAGCGGGGGGAUGAUGAUGAGGAGGAGGAUGGACGGGGAGGGUAUAAUUAA